UCAUGUCAUUUAUAAAUGUCAUUGUCAACUAAAAUUAUAAACAACUCAAAACAUGGCGAGUGAAUCAGAUGAUUUUGUUAAAAAUUUAGAAAAUCUGAAAUCCAAUGUGAGGAAGUCUUUUGCUCGUCUAUAUGCAGCGCUAAAGGCAAGGGAACUGAAAACGUUGAGACAACUAGACGCUAUAAGUAAACAAUGCGAAGAUGACAAAGACUUGAAGAGAAAUUGUGUUCAAAACAUUGAAAUACGAUUCACAAAUGAGGUGACGCUUUUAGAUAAUAUUAAUGAUUACGGUGUAAUUGAUUUGGAGAAGCUGAAUUUUGAUAGUAGCACUUUUAUAUUAGAAGACUAUGUAAGUCCAAAUGAUGAUCACAUGUACUGUUACAAAACAAUUGAAGAUGUGACCAAGGAUGAGGAUAUGGAACAGUUGGAAGCUAUAGAAGAGGCUGCUUUGAAAGAGGUUACUAGGACCGAUAAUUGUGUAUGUUACGUUAAUUUAAAAAAUGAGGAUAUAUCAAAGAAAUUUAGAGAUUUAAAUCCAAGUCCACCUCCAUUGCGAACCUGUGAUGUUAGUGUAAAUUUUAGUGAAAAUAUUGAAACUGAGAGUUCCGAAAAUAUAACAGAGGAAGAUAAGAGUGAUAGUUGUUCUGAGGAGGUGAAAAAAAUAAAUCCUACUGAUGAUUGGUUGAACUCUAUCAAGAAUCAAACAGAGACCGAGCCCGCACAAGCUGACGCUAUGGAGCACAGUACUAUUACUUGCUCUUAGUUAAGCAUUUAUAGCAGUUUUACUUAAAUGUACUUAAUAUAAUUUUAAUAAAGUUUUAUAUUUUAAUCAACAGA